CUUCCUCCGUCACCAGGGGAACACCACUUGGACGUUGAAGAGGGCACGGAGCAGAGGAUUCCCGUUUCCCUGGCGGUCGCCCAUGAAGCCUAUGUCCCAGCGACGGGUGACAGCGAUGUUGCCUUGCUGCAGCUGAGUCGCCCCGUCACCUUGAAUCGCCACGCCAUCCCCAUCUGCCUGCCCAUUAAAGACUUUGCCGAGCGGGAGCUCCUGCCGGUCCGCUACCACACCGUGUCCGGCUGGGGCAAGAGGACCGCCGGGGGCAACGCUGUGAAACCCAGCGGCCCGCCCGUUGUCCCAGUCUCCCCCGUCAUUCGCAAGUUUCCCGUCCCCAUCAUCCAGAACUCCCAGUGCUCCCAGAGAGCCCGGUUCAACUUCACCGACAACAUGCUGUGUGCCGGAUACCUGGAGGGUCAGCGGGAGAGCUGCCGCGGGGACGACGGGAGCCCACUGGUCACGCUUUACGGCUCCACCCACUUCCUGACGGGCGUGGUCGGCUGGGGGCGGGGCUGUUCGCACCCGGGGUAUUAUGGGGUGUACACCAAGAUGGCCAACUUUGUGGACUGGGUAGAGACCACUAUGAAAAACCCGCCCACCAUGAAGACAGCCAAUGAGAAGAAAGCUGCAGUGACGGCUUUCGACACGUUGGAACAGAAAGUAGUUUAAUAAAAGAUGAUGGAAAGAU